ACAAAUUCCAAACUGGAUGAUGACGACCGUCAAGAUAAGCUGAAAUCAUUCCAUAUCGAUGCUGUGGUGCAACUACCUUGUAAUUUAGAGUCCUUUCCCAUCUAACUAUCGUUAACGACUUUUUUCCUUUAUCCCCUUCCUCCGUCACCUUGUACCACAUCAUUUGUCGGUCUUCUUCCGCUGUUUCCGUUCUAGGGGUUGAAGGAACACCUACACGAUAUCGCAUCAUCCUGACUACCGUACCAAUGGCCAUGCGCAGCUAACUUCACUUACCCUGAGUGUGUCUCAGAGCCCUUCGUACCGCUACCAUGCCGGUUCAACCGAAACCGUCUGGACGGCGGGUGAGCCUUCGCAUGUGCAAUCGACGGUACCAGAUCCUCACCGGCCUCAUCGCAUUCGUUCUCCUCAUCCUUUUCAUCUUCGGCGAAUCUGUGAACGAGAUCGCCCCACGGCCAAUCACCAACUUCCCUCGACCGAAAAUCCCCAGCCUUCCGAGCCCCGCGUCUAUCUUUGGACCGCCUAGACACAAGGAGCCAGUUCAGGCCAACAGCACCCAUGGUGACUCCUCAUGGUUCUCCGACUUCCGAUGGAAGAAUCCCUUCUCUUCGACCAUAACACUGGAGGAGAACCGCGCGUUGCUUCCGCCGUUGCGGAACCGACCGGAGAUAUAUACGUACUAUGAGCCCAGCAAGAGAAAGGACAAGAAGGUAUCCGCUGCAGAAGAGAAGCUGCUCCUUGCAUGGAGAAGGGCGUGGUGGGCUCAGGGAUUCAAGCCGAAGGUUCUUGGAAGGCCUGAAGCCAUGGACAAUCCGCUUUACCUUCGACUUCAGCAGUUAAAUGUUACGACGGAGCUUGAAUUCGACCUGGCUAGGCUCCUUGCAUGGGGAAGCAUCGAUAGCGGGAUCCUGACGAAUUGGCUGACCUUGCCGAUGGGUCCAUAUGAUGAUCAUGUCCUGUCCUUCUUGCGAAGAGGCCAAUAUCCGAGGUUUGCACGAUUCGAUGGGCUCGACGGCGGCAUAUUCUAUGGAGAAAAGAACGCCGUGAACAACGUCAUCAAAAAUGUCCUUGAAAAGCCCGAGAUUGAAUUUCCUGAGACGAAGUCCAUUAUUCAAAUCCUGGACGACGAGACUCUUGCCGUAGAAAAGAAGCCGAAAAGCAUCGCAUACUACAGCAUGCAGACCAUCCAGGAGAAGUACAAAGCAGUCGCCGACAAACUCGUUAUGGAAGAUUCGAGUGUGGGCUUAGGUCUACUCGCAGACCUGAUCAACUCCCAUUUACAAAUCGCCUGGCAGAACACAUUCUCUGAUGGGAUAGCGGUCUUGAAGCCAUUUGAAGAGCAUAUAGCGAUUCUGACCUUCCCAGCCCUAUCUCUUGCGCACAACCUCACCCACUGCUCUUCUUCUCCGAUUCCUGAUUCCUGCCCUCCGAACAUCCCGAAAUGCAAACUAUGCGAUCCGGCCCAUUCGCUCCCGAUUAACGUCACACCACAACUCAAAAACGUCUCAGCAGUCUACAACAUCGGCGUCGUCCCUCAUCCUUACACCACCACCACUCUUGCCCGCAACCAAGAACUCAUCACAACCCGAUUCAUCCGCGAACUCGGCAUGCUCGAACGCGACGCCUGGAUCGAUGCCAUCACCAAAGACCUCCUCGGCUCCUCCACCGGCGCCCCCGCCCUCGUCCGCUUCAAAGAAGCCGUCGCCUCCGAUUACGGCGCCUCGCACUCCACCUGGCUGACCGCCGAGCGCGAGUCGCACGCCGACCUCGACUGGCUCUUCGGCUUCGCAAUCCCUGGCUCUCCGCCGCGGUAUCCCACGCACGAGGAGGGCCUCGUCAUCCCGGAGGACGCGCGAGAUGCGAUACGGCUCGGCUUGGAUGCCGCGCUCGACGAGACGGCGCUCAACCACGAGCGCGCGCUGCUAUACCAGGCGCGGCAGGUGAUGAAGAGCGAGAAGCCGGAGAUUGUGCGGGUGAGGGAGGCGGUGGAGGCGUGGAAUUUGGCGGAUACGGAGGUGUGGCGGUUUGCGAGGGCGUGGAGUGCGAGGAGGCGGGUGGAGCGGUUGAAGUGGGAGGAGGAGGAGCGGAAUUUUGCGGGGGCGGAGGAGCGUGGUGGGAGGUGGGGUUGGUUCGUUUGAUGGAGGGAGAGGCGUUAAGGGUGUUUUCCAUGGAUGCAUGGUGGAUUUAUAGUUUAUACGGUACCACAUAGCCUGUUCGUGAGAAGCUGUGGUUCGCUUUGAUGAUCUGCAGAUGGACCUAGUCAUGUACAAUAGACGGUAGACGACGAAUGCAUAAUAAUGCCGAUAUCUCC